UGUUAAAUCAAUGUUAUGCAUUGCAUCAUAAAAUAGUAAAAUUAUUAUUUUGAUUAUCAAAAUGCUGGACAAAAUUUGUACCGUUUGUGGUGACAACAAAAAGAUUGGUCGAAAUUUUACAGUUAUUACGUGUGAAUCGUGUAAAAAAUUUUUCAAACGGUCGGCUAUUAGAGAACAAUUACUGUUUUGCAAAUAUGCAAAUGACAAAUGUAUAAUCACUGUUAAUAAUAGAAAAUGUCAAAAGUGUAGACUUGAUAAAUGUUUGGCACUGGGAAUGAAAAAAGAGUUCAUACAGAAAUUCAGUCGAAAUAAAAAACAUGAAAAUGUAAUGAAAUAUUCUGAUGAAGUAAAUAAUAUAACAUUUAAAUCAACAAAUAAUGGCAACAAUUGUGAUACAGAAUUUGAGGAAUUAAUGCAAAAUUUAUUGCAUUUUAACGAUGAUAUUGUAGAGCAACAGAUCAUUGAAAUUGAUAAUUAUGUGUCUAAUGAUAAAAUCAAUCAAUUAUCCACUAAAGAGGUUAAUAAACAACAAAAUGUAUCAUUAUUUGAGUCGAUUCCCGAUUACGGGCCGUGGAGUCAACUCGAGUACAAACGAUUAGCGGAGUUGUUCACAGCUAUGAAUCUAUUUGUUGAUUAUCCUAUUGGCAAACAAACAUUGUUUGUUAAGGACAGGGAUGAAAUGAUACGCAAAACUACUUUGGGUACCGAUAAAUAUAUUGUAGAAGUUAUCAAAUUUACUAAACGUCGCAACUUUUGUGCCGUCACUUGUGAGUCGUGUAAAGCAUUUUUCCGACGGACAGCGUUCAGAGAAACAGCAUUAAUAUGUGCUUCAAAUGGCAAAUGUGUGAUCACUGUUAACACAAGAAAUCUGUGCCGAAAAUGUAGACUUAAUAAAUGUUUUGCAAUCGGAAUGAAAAAACAACAAUAA